AUGACAACAAAUUAUAGAUUACGAGCUUUCCUUCAACUCUUAAAUCUUGCUGCAGGUGAUGUAGCGCAAUUUAUUGCUCUGGGUCUUCUUUCCGAAUCCAGGGAUCCGUCAACAUGCACACGUUUACCUUCAGCAAUCAUUAUUCCUUCAAUAAUUGAAGUGAUAGAAACAAAUAAUCUUAAGGAUAACAAACUUAUGGAGUACAUGCACGUCGAAGUAAAUGUUAAGGAACGUCGUAAAAAUUCAAGAAUUUGUCUUUUUUCAUUCUCUAGUCUUACCAACACGAAUGGAUCUCAAGCCUUUUGA